GCAAAAUAGCCUGUUUUUCAGUGUCCUUCUAUAAAUUCACGACACGUCCAAUGGCCCUGUGAGGUUGCAGACGCCUUCAACCCGAUCGCGUGUUAGAUUUCCAGAGCUUGGGCUGGUAGAAGUGGGUGUUCACCUUUGGCUCUUGCAUUGGGACCUCUAUUCGUCUGCGCGCCGGAAUCUGUGCUCGAUUCUCCACCAGCUUCAGAAAAUUAUGCUCUGACGUCCUCAGCUCACCACCCACGCGAUCGCAAUCCGGAACCUUCCGCGGGAUGACCUUGUUCUUUUCCAGUUCUCGAUGACUGCGUUCGCUGUGUAUCUGAGUGUGGAAAUCUCCCUUCGCCAGAACAUCCAAGUUUGCCAGACAGACGACGAAGCCGCAGCGCAGCGCAAAUCCCGCUGAACACAGAAUCGCACCAUGGUCACCGUUACAAAGGUCCUUCGGCGGGCGAGCGCUGCCAAUUUCUUUGACAAUGGGAACUCAAGCGGCGAGUCUUCGAGAAGACCCUCAGCGGCUGACGCAUCUACUCCUCGGCGGCCCAGUCUUGCGGCCUUGUCCCUGCGCCUCUCGUCAUGGUCGAAGAAGUCGCAUUUGUCAAAAGGAGACGAGACAGAUGCCGACUCUACGCAAAAGUUAUGGGAUGCUGUCCUAUCCUUACCGGAUGAAAUCGCAGCCCAAAUCCUCUGCUAUCUCUCAGUGUCCGACUUCUUCAGCCUCCGUUCGACGUCUCGAUCUGUCCACCUCUAUCUACGGUCUCACGCUGGCCCCAUCACGCGAUCUCUCCUUCUUCAGAACGCCUAUGAGCGGACAACGGACUACGAGGGUAACAUGAAUGAUGAGAAGGCAAUAUAUCUCUACAACUACCUCCAUACCUUAUAUCCGCCGCCACAGCCCUGCAAAUCCUUUGACUAUUUACUGCAGAUGUUGAAAAGACAAGCCCAAGUGCAAAGAAUGCUGCAGGUCAUGAUCAACUGGAUCCAAAUGAAAGUCUAUGUUAUUCCCAAGUUCAAGCGAUGUGACAAUUUCAACCCCUACAAAUUCAAACUCAUGAGGCGGUUACAUCUAGCAACGUGGACCAUAUACCAUUUCCUUGAAAGCUACCGGGCAAUUCUUGUCACGGAGCAUGCCUGUCAUCCAAGGCUCGGGUCAACACUUUCGGGACAGGACAACUCCAGUGGACCCUGCCCUUUCUGUGUCCAAUCUGUCAGAGAUCUUCUGCGCACAUACCCGGGGACCACGAUCAUUCCUGCCUAUCAUUUCUUCGAGCUCUGUCGACAACACCUCCGCGCUUUGAGUCGAGCUCCCUCGGCAGGGCCGAUAAUCCGAUCCCGCAAGCCGCCCAGUGAAGCAGACCUUGUACAACUUGUUGUGUUUGGCGGCAUUCCCGAGUUGAGUAAAUUGAGUCUGCUCAAGGGGUCGUCAAAUCAGCGGAUCGAAGUGAUCGGGAGCUUCGUGGAUAGAGUCUCCAGUGCAGCGAUACAACAAAGGAUAGGACGAAAAGGGUCGCCUUCUUCUCGGUCUCAGGUCUCUUUACCGAGUAGCGCAUUGUGGUCAUCGUUCGACGACCUCAUCGCCCCUCUUCAACCGCCCCUUUCCGUUAUCCAUCAUCAUACCAUAUCGGCCAUACCAGAGCUCGAACACUUCAUCAUCGAUUCAGAUGAAUGGGUCACCCGGAUGUAUGAGCUCGUCGGGCCAGGGGAUCAAAUAGUCAAUGCUUGGGGAUUUAUCACGAACGUUCUCUCGGGAAAGAGCGACGAUAUUGAAGAUUCUGGGGUUGAAAAUGGGGCGGACAGCGAUCUCGACUUUUUGGCACCUGUUAAAGGGUUUGAUACUUGAACCAAAGAUCACGGGAACCUUGGAAUGGUGAGUCAUCGUUUCAUCUAACACAGGGGACUCGCACAGAAUGAUCCCGGACCGGCUCUGAGGCCUUCGAGUCGGCAGACCUCCUGACGCCAGUGCCACACAAUCAAGCUCAUGCUCUGAUUGCAUUUCCUACACAUCCAGGCAUCAAGAUUUCUGUCUUGAUGAACCCAGACACCUUCAUCUAGCCUGGCUGUCAAACUUGACAAGCAUUUGCGAAGAGGUCACCAAGGACAAUAGGCCUAUGGAAUUGCAAGAGUCCGUCAAGAGGAGAAAGACGAGGAUUGGCUCCGACGUGGCCACGAAGGAACCGAUGUCUCGGACUCGAUUUGACCUAGCCGAUGAACGCAUGAACAAAAGUGUUUCCGAACGAUGUAGGACCGAGGAACGUUUUCAGUGCCAAAGGAAACUCGCGAUGAGUGGCCCACGGUACCCUUACCAGAUCACGGACGCAGCUGAGAGCCUGCCUGCCUUGGAAGCGUGGAUCUCUGCGGCCAAAAGGUGCCUGAGCUGUGUUCGGGAGCGCAGAGGGACGAAGGAGGUCACACAGGCUGCAGCGGCGUAGGAAGCAGAGGAUCGCCUUGAAGGCCAGCUGCCUGCAUGCCUAGACCAUUUCCGAUCCUGGGGUAUAUCAGCGCUAUACAAGCACUGACGGAUUAACCUCUUACAAUGGCCGUCUUUUGAUCGAGUUGUGUAUAAUUACUAUACGAAGCUCUUCGAUUGCUCAUGGCUCAAUUCGUCUGUAUAAAUGCAACCUCUUCUCGUUUGCAAGAUUGAGGCUCUGUCUGCUCUGUAGUUA